UAGAUCUAGACUCUACAAAGCAUUUUGAAAUCGGUCAAUAAAUCAAGCAAAAAUGUCAGUGAAAUUUGAUUCUUGAGUGAUAGCGCUUUGCCUUUGCUUGCCUUCAAAGGGUUCCUGAUUAGAAUGAGCUAACCUGCGAUUUACAUUACGAAAAUGCUGACCUCUCACGAGACUGAAUUGAAGAGAGUUCACGAUGUACAGUUGGAUCUGCCGGAAACGCAAAUACACACGAUGUACACAAAAAAGCUGUUGCCACUUUGCAAAAAUGAUAAGGUUGGCUGUGCCCCUUGUAAAUGGCAUACCAUUUCUUAAUAUUUCACGUUCAUUUUUCUGAUGCAUUUGUAAACGUCACUCUCCAUGUGUUUUUUGUCCUUUACAGCCACUCUCCAUUGGCCAAACCCAGUUCACACUUGGUUGGCCAAACUCAGCUGAAUGGGUCAGACGGGAAGCCGUGCCAAGUCUCUUGCCAAGACGAAGAAACCAAAGGAAGACAAGAAAGCAGAUGAAAAUGAUUCCUCAAGUUCUGCGAGACGUGUUGUGAAACUUAUUGAGAGUGUAGAAGAAGAAGAAGGCCUUGGAGCCAAGGUGCAGAGGACCAUUGGAUGUGAAGAGUUUGAUUACUUGGACCCAUUCCUGCGUCUGGAUGAGUUUGAUGUCUUGAAACCAGCUGGCUUCCCAGACCACCCGCAUAGAGGAUAUGAGACGGUGACAUAUAUCCUAAAGGGCUGUCUAGAUUAUGAGGACUUUCAGGGUAACAAGGGAUCUUUACAAGAUGGUGAUUUGCAGUGGUUGACUGCAGGCAGGGGUUUUGUCCAUACUGAAAUGCCAUCGGGUGAGGAGAGUUGCUACGGCCUUCAGCUCUGGAUAAAUCUUACCUCAGGAGAUAAGAUGGUAGAGCCCAGUUACCAGGACAUAAAGAAAGAGGACAUUCCAUUUGAAAGUGAAGGGGGUGCCAGGGUCAGAGUGAUUGCAGGGGAAGCCUUGGGUAAAAAGUCCAGUGUCACCACCCGUACUCCAACGCUCUUCCUGGAUGUUGAGUUGGAAGAGAAGGCAUCCAUUAGUCAGGUGAUACCCCAAGGCUGGAAUGCAUUCAUCUAUAUACUCUCAGGGAAAGCUAACGUUGGUCCAGAAAAGAAUGUGAAGGAGGGUACCAAACAUCAGAUUCUUGUCUUGGGCGACGGAAUAUCAGUUGAAGCAAGCAACAAGGAAGCUGAAUUGUGUCAUUUUCUUCUUAUUGCUGGAAAGCCAUUGAAUGAACCUGUAGAGAGAGAAGGUAACUUUGUGAUGAAUACAGUAGAAGAGGUGGAAGAAGGCAUCAAAGACCAUCGCUUCGGACGCAACGGCUUUGAGAACGCUCCUGAUUGGAACUCACAAUCGGCCCUGGCCUACCUAGAUGCCCAGUUCUAGACCAGACCAAGACCAUAUCAAGACCAUCUGGAACUGGACUUGGUCAACUAUAAGUAUUCUUAGAGUGAAGCGUAGACCUAAACGUUUUUCUGGGGUUUUUUAAGUUUCUGUAGAACAAAGAGUGAUCCAUCCUGAAUUUAAACCCGGCCCUGGGUCUAAGAUCACAUUUAACAAAGGACAAAAAUUAGACCUCGGGUGUAAAAUCCUUUGUCAAACCCAAUUUUAAACAAAAACCUUAGCCCAGCAUCUUGGUUAGGUUUUAGUAGAGUACAAUGCCCUUGUGUAUUUAAUAGAAGUUUUAAACAUUCAUUGGUCUCGUUAGUUAAGAGAAUGAACCCAACAUGUGUAUUCACUGAGUUAGGCAUAGGCGGCUAGACUAGACCUAUCCCCUGGGAUUGAAGAAAUUGUCUGGAACAAAGAAAAAGAAGGGGAAAAAAGUAUUCAUCAAGUUAGUACUGGAUGUAAAGGUCUUAUAUUCAAAAAAAUUUAAACUACAUUGAUGUCUCUGAAAACAGGAAAGACCAAGUAUUCACUGAUUUUGGCUUAGUUCUAGACCUCAUGUUUUUUUGUUUAAGUUAAAUAACUAUCACUGGUGUAUGUUACAAAGAGAAUGGCAGAGCUAGGCCUAAACCUGAUUGAUUACUGGUAGUAUUCAACAUGUGAAAGAAUGUUAUACUUCCUAAAAGUUCCUAUUUUAAAAGAUUUUGUACUUACUUCAAUCUUGUAGAUGUUUGAUUACAGGCAAGUUCUGUGACUUUCCGAAAAGACUGCUCUUAAGAUAGUUGAUUGAAGAACAUUAUUCUGAAGAAAAGUUCUAACUACAUAAUUUUAUUUUCUUCACCCAUAUAAUUUUCUAUUUUAUUUUAGCCAAUACAUUUUCAUCUUUUAUGGACGCAACAACUUAAUGGACAAAGGAUAAUUCAUUAUAAGUAGUCUAAAAUAGAUUUUUAAAUACGAUUGUUAUCUAAAUGUGGUCAGAAAUUGGACAUUCUCAUUUAAUUUUUCUGGUUCUUUCAUGAAUUUGCUCUUCGAAAAAUACAUACCGGUAUCCAAGCAUUUUAUGCCCACCUCUUCAAUUCAAAGACUUUCUUCAAGUAGCCAUGUUAAAUUCAGUGUGUGAGUCCAGCUUCAAGCUCGUCGUAAACAAAACAUUAACAAAAUAGAUCAUUAACAACAUACACUUUGCUCUCUAAUAUGAACAUCAACCUAUCUACUGUGUUUAUAGCAUGUUCAAUUUUUUUCAUUUUUAAAUACUAUUAUUGUAUUCAGUGUAGA